AUGGCAUCAGAUACCGAAAUGACUGAAGCCUCCCCUGUUGACACUCUGCCGCAACCAAACGACGGUAGCCGCAUGCAUAUGUCAUCCCUCUCAUCAUCAUCUUCUAUAUCCGACGCAGAAAACGAGCGUCGAGGCCGAUCAGAACGUCCGCGAAUGGCGAGCCGCAAACCCAGUGCUUCGAUCCUUGUCCCUCGGGACCACCCCGAAAUUGAAAUCGAGGAGGAAGAGUUUCCCCCCGACGACGCCCGCGCAAUGAGUCCACGACGCAAUUCUGCUGAUCUGGAGCGUUUGGGCAAGGAGGCCCGACAAACCCUACAGGAACAAGCCAAGGCUCUCCAAUCGUCCCUUCAGGCUCUUGCCGAACGCAUCGAUGCAGUCAAAUCAGACCAUGAUAAGUUGGAAAACGAGAACAAAAUCUUACAAGACUACAUCGGUGGUCUCACUCGCAACAUGACCAAGAGCGAAAUGAAUCGCAGUACGAAAGCACGCAAAGCACAAAAAUAAACCGGCUUUCUUCCAAACAGAUGUCGCAAGGUGGCCGGAUACCUCAUCCCGUGGACGUCAAUCGGGAGGGAUCACCUGUUGUUUUGCGGCAGGGG